AUGCAGCGGGAAAAUAAGUCGGAUGAGUGGGUCAAACUUGUUUUGCGCCGAUUUAGAGCUCAGGUGAGAUUAGGUGUCCGACUCGUAACGGUUGUUUGAAAGUUUAUGUUCAAAGCAAGCUUGGAUCUCUAUUGUGUUAAUAUUACUUGGUCGAAAUAUAGAUUUCUGAACUUUAUUUCUUGACAUGAUCACCUUUAGAGCAUAUAAAUCUUGAAAAUCGAAGUGUUUUCAUUCAUGAAGUGUCGUGUAUUCCAUUGAUGCCAACAAUACGUAUAAGAUUACUCAUUAUCCGCUCUGGAAUUACACGCACCAGAUAUUGCUCACUUGAUUGCAUUAUUUCCAGGGCGAUGGAAUUUUAACACACACUGAGGUUCAACUUGCCUUUUCUCCUAUCGUUAAAAUAAUCUAGAUAAAAGACGAGGGAAUACUGUUAACUUAUCGGAUAAUUGUCUGUGAAUGCUCGCUUGAAUAUUCUCUCUGCGUAUAAUUUAUUUGGAACCAGUUCGUUAUAUAUCACCUUUGCAUGCUUGACUGAUUCUCUUUCUUUACUUAUAAAUGAUUCACGAAAUAAUUCAUUGAGGAGAAUGACUUACUAUGCGGCAUUGCGUCAUGCGACAUAGUUGACAGCGAGAUGGUAUUUUGUGGUUUGCAGAAAUUAUAUUGCAAAUUGUCGUUUUGAUGAUAACAUGAUGUUACAACUACACGUAGUAUGAUUUCUUUUGUAACAAUAAUAGCCAAGUUUAUUUGUAAUCAAAAGUAAUACCACAAUUACAAUCUGUAUGUUUUUACAAUUGAUUCAGGAGUGUUUCUAUUAAGUGGGCGUCUGUUUACCAAUUCACCUGUCAAUUUAUGUACCCACGCAUCAUGAUCAAAUCAACCUCAGCUUUCUAAACUAAAACCUUUUCUCUCCUAAGAUUGAGAUAUCGAUUCUCUAAAAUGUUUGCUAUACAUUUGUUAUAAUUUAAGAUCAGAGAAUUUGAUAUGAAAUCAAAGAUAUUUGAUGUAGUUGAUAUUUUCCUUACCUCUCCUUACCUAUCAGCUUGAAAAUGUAUGGUCAUUGUGAAGAGAAGUUUAUUUUUGGUUACUCCUGGAAGUGUAAGAGUUAAUCUCUGGUCAACUUACUUUUAUUAACUUUUGCACAAACCAUUCAGAUGGAGAUUUUAUGGGCAAACUUUCCAUGGCUGAACUUGGAUACUUAAGAAAAAGAGUAGGGAAAGAUUUCUGAAUAACCCCAAACCUCUCUAAAUAUCUUUUUAAUAUAAUUAUAAAAUUAAUUAUUUGGUAAAGGUAACAAAAUUGGUGUUCUCAAGUUAUUGUUAAAUUUGGUUUUAAGAGAGGUGCACUUACUUUGAUUUUCUUACUGAUACUGCAAUCUUUUUAUAUUACAGCUUCCAUUUGAAUCAACACGUUCUCAGAAAAAUCAUGAAAGUACAGAGCAUAUCAAGAACUGCAUUAUUAGCCUUAGUGAACACAACUUUAGUAUGGUGGUGGCAGAACUUGCUGGCUUUAUUAAAGAACCAUCUAAGUUGGUGAGACUCAGUUUACUCUCUUUGGUAGCAGUUAUUCUAGAGCAGUUUUCAAUUGAUUGUUGCAAAACCAAAACCAAAGUAAUCAAAACUGUUAAAGGGCAUGUAAACCCAAAAAACGUUCAUUUUCUUUUCACAUAGAUGUUUAGUAAAUAUAUCAAGUACACCAAAGGUGCCAUUCGUUUUUUCUCAAAAGUCCAUUUUCACUUUGAAAAAGCUCUUCCAAAUUCGAAACAUUCGCCAUUUUGAAUGGCGCCAUCUUUCUUGUGACGUCACGGGUGGAACCUACAAAGUUUCGUUUAAUAAUCGCGUGAGACACGGAGUCUUUUCCACAGCCGUUGUUUGCCGGUCUCGUCACGAUUUUUUUACUUACAGUUUGCUUCAAUAUACUCAGUUUUUUCAUAAUGGUAAAGCGUUGUGUCGUCCAGUUUUGUACUGAUUCAAACAAAACCGAGCAUACAACGCAAAUAUUUCCAAAUGACACAAAUUUGAAGCCACAAUUUGUGAAACUUGUUCAAAUGAAGAUAGCCGAUUUCGUCGAGCCGUUCGAACAUUCUGUUGUUUGUAGCAGUCAUUUUUCUUCCUGGUGUUGUACCGACAAUUCAGGCCCUACCAGAAGCAAAUUAUUCAGAACUAUAAACAGCUAGCUGUAGUACUGCAUUAUUAAAUCAAUGACAGAAACAACUCAAGCAAAUCGAUCUCAAAAUGUAACGAAACAGAUGAAAGGGAAAACAUUUAGCUUACUCGUUUCCGGUGUGAUUCUCUGUGCCUUACUGCUGCCUGUACGUGUAAUAGGCCGUCUCUAGCACCCAGAAAUCGAGGCAAAUUGACUAAAAACCUGGAUACUCAGUGAUACAACUUAUCUGGGUUUCAGACCCUCGCUCCUCUACUUUUUGCCACAAUUGCCCGAUUUCCGUACAACAAACUCUUUCACGAGUUGUCGGCAUUGGUUGACAAGUUCCACACUCGCACCUUUGACAAUUUUAUACAAAACACCCUCGGAAACUCAGCGGAUUUAAAAAAUUUCUGUUGCAUUCUUUUAGAUUGUGCCCUUGCUUUAUUGGAUUUUCAUAUCAAAUACAAAUAAAUCACACAGUAAAUUAGAUACCAGUCUGAGUUUCCGAGGAGGUUGCAUCGCUGUCAACACUGUGUUCGUGCGGAUCGCUUCGGUGAACCCUACGCAGCUCAUAUUGUUAAGGACGUGGCCCAGACUUUCCUAAAGAUUCUAGACCAUCCCCACCGCUGUCAUAUACUAAGCUUAGGGCAUUCGAGUCGCUAUCUUCUGAAAAACAUCUUCGAACUACCGCUACUUACACGAGCUACCACACCAGUUCUGCUAGAGAAUAUGUGUUGCGCAAUAUUUUAGUUCCACCGCUUACGUCACGACUCUCGCUAUUGUUUUUACCGGAAAUGGAAUUUCAGUUGAAAAUGCCGAUUUUCUCCUAAAAUAAGUCGAAUUGGACAAAACGAAUUUCAGAUUCGUUCUCUACGCCACUUUUUACAUAGUAUGAGAAAAACAUGUAUUUUUGGGUUUACAUGCCCUUUAACCCUUUAACACACAAGAUCUCAUUAAUAAUUCUCCAAACUGUCUGCCAAAUGAUUUGCAUUAUUUUAGUUUGGAGAAUUUGGUAUUGGAUCAAUUAGUAAUCCCAUGAUUGAUAUUUUUCUUUAUUCUCAUUACUUGUCUGCAUGAUAUUGUAUAGAUAUAGUAAGGGGAAAUUUUGUCUUGGUCACUCACUAGAAUUAAAGGGUUAAUCAGAACAAAGGUUAACAUUAUCACAAACAAAUGAGGACUCAAAGUUCAAACAGGUAAUUUGCUUGAAGUGCAAUAAAACAUUAGUGAAGAAGUUGGGAUUGAUUUAAGUUUUGCAUUUGAUUGGUUAAGAUUUUGGACCAAUCACAGAGCAAAGUAGGGCAAAACUAUAGUAAUCCAGGGUCCAUUUUGAUAUUCCAUUGAAUAACUGACUAUUAUACAGUUUCAACUUGUAGGUAUGCAUUUUGGAGCUAGCUGCAUUGUGUAUCUUGUAAUCAGCAAAAAAAAAUUUUCAGAAUAAAAGAAUAAUUUUGUUUUGAUUUUUAGUCCUCCCUAUCAGCAGAGAAGAUGACACUUGCAUCACAAUCCAAUAGCAUUACCAUGGAUACCAUGUCUCAGUGUUUUGAGAAGGUAAAUGAGUAAAGGGGGUAAAUUUCUUAAGAAACUGUGGUGCUGCAUUGGUGGGAGAGUAUAACAGGGUAAUUUAGUAUUAUCAACUGAGUUGAUCAUGUAAAUUGGCCACCAUUUCCAGCAUCAGCUCUUUAUCAGAGCAAAGGCUUUGACAAAGUGUUUAACACUCAAAACUUCAGCUUUGAAACUCUUUAUGGUGGCCAAUUUAAGUUAUCAACUCAGUUUUGAAAAAAGAAGGCUGAUAUGAUACUAAGUGCACUGAAGUGUCCAUACUAAAUGUAAUUUUUUACUUUUAAUGAAUAACAAUAAUGAUACUGUUAGUAAAAAAUUAUGUCUAAAGUAUAAGUACUCUUGACUGAUAAAGUGCUGCUUAAUAAUAAAAUUGUUGAAAUAUCUGUCGUGGUGUUAAGGGGCUAAUCCCUCUAAUUAUUAGUGCAAAUGAGGUUUCAUUCGUAAAAAUUGUUAUUGUUUUUUCAGAAUCCAGAAAGAUGUGCUGCACUACCUGAUGAAAUUUUGAAUAAGCGUCUACUUCCAGCAAUAUGUGCGGUAAAUUUAUUUAAUAAUUAACUCUUUAUACCCGGGCAUCAAUUUGUAUGUUUUCCAUACUGCUCCUUCCAUAUUCCCAUCAGUCAUGAUAUACUUUUUUAACUGUCAACAUUCUGUAUUUUUUUUUUUGUUUGUUUUAGUUCAUAACACAGUCUUAUGGAUUCCCUCUGGAAGCUGAACAGAAAAUUCUAGCUGGUAAAGUACUCUCCCACAUCAGUGUGCACCACUUCUCUGCCCUCUUUAAUCGCAUUGCAAUCAGGUAAAAUUAAUACAAAUAAGUGAAUCUAAUGAAAUUAUUUCUUGUUACUUAUAUGCUUGGUUAUGCUUGAAGCUGUGUAUAUAUGCUUCAUAAUGUCAUGACAGCAAAUUUUUUGUCACAGGAAAAAAAAUGGUAUACUGCCAUUGUGGCAACAACAGAGUCACAAAAAUUUCUUUGAUGUUCAAAACUAAGGAAAUUAUAGUGGAGUUUCAUGAAUCUAUUUAACAAUAUUGUGUCAUCUUUUUGUAAUACUUUUGUUCAAAAUAGCUUGUUCCUGCAUUUGUUACUUUUUUAGCAUUCCACAGAUGUCGUCUUUGUCUCGUUCUGUAAGAGUGCAAUAAAAUGACUUUGCAUAUCCUGCCAUGUGAUCCCACAUCUGUUCAAUAAUGCAUAACGAUCAUUGCUUAGUAUUGAAAUCCUUAAACUGUACAAUGCUGAAUAGAAAGUUAGCCAAAAGUUGUAACGUUAUGCAUUGUAGUCUUAUUGACAUGUUAUGAUGUCUUAGUAAUCUGUCACAGUGAUAAAGAGACAAAAGGCUUCAUGUUAUGUCAGAAAGAAACUGCUUUUUGAUAACUCAUUGCCAAGAACGUAUGUGUGCACAUCUUAGUACACUGUCUGAUACAUUUUCUGUACAAUAUUGGAAUUUAUCUUAUUGUAAAUCCUUUCUUUGUUUUGAAUUAAGUUGAUGCUGAAGUACAUGUAUAUGUUGUUUCCUAUAGACUCCAUGUGCUUGCCAACACUGAAGAUAAUUCUGAUACUGGUGAACUGGAAUUGAUUCGACAUUUACAUGUGAAUGUGUCUUCUCUUAAAAUUCUGUUGCAAGGUACAAUUUUUGAUAUGAUUUAAAUGUACAUGUAUUUGAAAACAUGAUCUUUAGAGAGUUUUGUCUGUGUCACUGUUGUAAAUCUGCCAACUUGUUCUUGGUCUAAUUUGCCUUUUCAGAAAGCAAUCAGGUAUUCAGAUCCUUGAAGAAGAUUGGUCAGCUAGCUUUAGUCUCUGGAUUGGAAAAGGUAGGUGUAUUUCUAUUAUGGAGGAAAGACAUUUAAAUGAGAUUAGAAUUUUUCUUAAUGCCUUAAUUGAGAUGGUUAAAUUUCUUUUUCUAGGCAAUAUGGAAUUGGGUUGAGAACAGUCCAGAUGAAUUUGCACAGCUACAGAGAGAACCAUCACCAGAACUUUCAGGUGAAUUUCAUUUCUGUUAGAAAACUUCUACCUGAAAAAGGAAUGUGAAAAGUGUUAUUCAUAUUUGCCCAUUGAGGGCAAUGAUUGUACCUAUGAUUUGUGUCUAUGAAUUCUCUUUCCCUUUUUUGGUUGCAUUCAAACUUCUUGUUCAUAAUUCUAUUCUUUUUUAACUACUAUCUCAAGGUUUUCUGACAUCUUUUUAUAUUGCCUGCAUGGGCAAUCAAAUUUCGCACUCUCAAACUUGAGGCAAAUAUUUGUAGUAUCCAAAACUAUACAAAUUAUCUGCACAAGGUGUGAAUCAGGGUUACCAUUUGCUGUGUUGCAAAAUUUGGCAUAUGUGAAUAAACAAAAUAGUAGUGUGUACCACCAGUAAUUGAAAGCUGUAAGUAAAUGAUUGGUAAAAAGAUUGACCAAAGAAUUGAUAAAUAUUUUUUUGAAUUUGUUGCAGAGUAUGCAGAGAAGCUGUUUGACAUGGUAGAUAAUUUUGCAGAGAGUUCAAAGAGAAAAGCUGCAGUGUGGCCCCUCCAAAUUAUGCUGCUUAUUUUAUGCCCAGUAAGACUUAACAGCAGUAAAUAUAGUUGUAUCUUACAGUAACAGUUAUUUUCAACAAAUUUCUGGUAAGUGCAUCAUCCUUACCAGAGCCACACAGAAAAAAAAAACAAACUUUUUAAGGUUUUUCCUUUUAAUAUAAAAUGCUCUACUUCCAAGGUGCAGAUACAGUAUUUUCUUGAAGGUUAUAGAAAAAAUUCAAAGAGUAGUAAAGCAUGCUAAGACUUUUGCUUGUCACUUUAGUUGAAAUACAGUCUUUUAAAUGAUAGCAUUUGCCCUUCAUGCAGAUAAUGAUGGCAAAGUUUUCUUUUAACAGGACAUGCUAGAACAAAUAGCCACAAGUGAAAAAGUAUUUGAUGUCAGCAAAGCUAAUAAGGUAGGUUCCAUUACUCUCUGAGUCUCGAAAGACAAACUUUAGCUCUUUAACCUCAUCAAAUUUCUCUUUAGAAUAUCACCCCUGAAUCAAAAUUGAGGUCACAAGAAUAAAGGAAAUGAUCAUUACAUUAAGGAAAUCUUGGUUUUUUUAGUAAAUUCUCCUUGUUAGCAUCAUAGGAAAUGUCUAGAGAACAGUGUGGAGCGUAUACAUUGUACACACUGAUGUCAGGUGUGAAGGAUCAAAAGACUUUAUACAGCCAUGGCUUGUGAAGCACCCUGUUACAGUUGUCACUUCUUGCAACUUCAGCAUCCUGCAUACAAAAUGUUAAGUUGGUGUUGUCGUUAUAUAAAUGUAGUUCACAUGAUUCCCUGACUGUGAAAAAAAUUUAUCAUCUAGACCUGGCUUGGGUUAUUACUUUGUUGCAACAGCAAGGUACUUGUAUUAGUUACUUUGAAAUCGCAGUACCUCUCUCCACCUAAUGAACUAAAAAACUGGAAACCUAGAGAAAUGCUGGGUAUAAACAGUAGAGGGACAGCAUCUCAUCUUGAAGGGGUUUCAAUAUCAUUGCUGAAUUUAAUACAAAGCUUUUGGAGCCAUGUUUCUCCUUCUUUUGUGCACAAUUUUACCUGUCUAACACUCAUACCAGCUGGGUCUCUUACCAUCAGUUUGAAUUAGCCAUGACCAUUUUGUUUUGUUUUGUUUUGUUUUGCUUUUUUAUUUUGCGGUGUCAUUAGAAAGAGUUUCUUGAUCACCUGAAGAAGGCCUUGAAUAGUACCAAACACCUGACAGAAAGUGCAGCAGUGGUGUGCGUGAAACUUUGCAAGGUUGCAACGUACAUGAAGCCUGAAGAUAACUCUGUCUUGUGCUUCCUUGUUGUCUCCAUGCUCAAUGAGUUGAAGGUACAGUAUGAACUGUGUUUUCUUGCUGGGAUGGUGGUUUGACUAAUGGUUGUGUAUUAACCCUUCUGAACACCCAGAUCAAACUUGUAAUUCUCCUUACUGUCAACCAUACAAUUCUUACAAUUUUAGUUCAGAGAAUUUAGUAUUGGAUCAAUUGAUUAUUCCAAAAUAGAUAUUUUUCUUUAUUUUCAUCACUUGCCUGGUUGAUAUUUUAUUGAUAUUGUAGGGAGAAAUUCUGUCUUGGUCACUCAUGUGAGUUAAAGGGUUAAGUCCAAAUUAAAUUUUUAUUCUGUGUGGAAGAUGUUCAAAUGUAAAUUUAAUUUGUGAGGUAUUGGAAGGAAGGAAAAUCAGAGAUACUGGUAAAGAAUUGUUAACUGGAAGAAGAAUGGCAACAAACUCAAAGAUAAUGUUCAAGGGUAACUUGUGUAGUUCAAACUUAUCGGAAAGGACUGUGUUUGAGCAACUGUGAUUGUUUGAGAUUUCUAGAGCCUCAGGAACCACAGAGACAUUGAGUGGCAAGCUAGGCUACUGUGUAACUUAACACAAGUUGACUGAAUGAAAUGAUUUAUAUGAUCAGCAUCUCAUCAUAAAUCAAUUUAUCUUAAAGUUUGUAAUCCAAUUAAAUGGCAUAUAGUUGAAAAAUAUUUAUUUCUUGAAUUUUUACAUUUAUUUCUCUGCAGGCAUUACUUUUCAAUGUGAGCAAGCCUUUUUCUGUAGGAUCUGGUGGCUUUUUCACAACAGAGGAACUAAUGGUUGAUUGUUUUGUGUCAAGUUUCCGCAUCAAUUACAGAAACAACCAGCACUUUGAUAUCUGCCUACAGCCAAACUCUCCCAUUAUUUUCCAUCUUGUCUAUGUGAAAGGAACAUAUGCUAUUGUUAAAGAGGUAAACAAAUCCUUUCAAAUAACCAUGUCAAGAGUGCAUUGGAUAGUCAGCUAUAAAUACAGAUAUCAGUGGUGAGACUCGUCAAGCUAUCAAACAGUUAAACAGCCAAUACAAAACUUCUUCAAACUUGGCCUGAGAUUUUUUCUGACAGUUGACAGUUUCAAUAACUGGUAGACAUCUUUCUCAAACAUGAUGGUGUUGUCAUGAGGUGUUAAUGAAUACAUGUAGCAUUGAUAUAGUUGAAAGUUAUUUCCACUCUCAAUUAAUUUAUGAGAGAAAUGUUUUGACUUUGUGGUAAGGCUAACCCAGAGGAACUGUCCCAAGUGUUUUGACCCUUCACUCCUGCUCCUUUUAGACCUGUGGGGUUUUUUAGUACUCGUCUGACACUAAAAUUCUUGCAACAUCAAGGACACAUAUUACUGGUCAACCAGCGGUUACUUUUUGUGUAACCUAGAAUGGAGCAGAAAGGGGUGUGCUUGGGUUGGGUCAAAAUAAUUUUAAGACCCUUCAGCCAAAAGUUCCUGGAUCUGCCUCAGCUUUGGGCACACAUUGUAUCACAAUGAAAAUCUUGUGACCUCUUGAUAACAUCUCACAUUUACAUUGUACAUAACUGCGUCAAAUUCUCUCAAUCUCCCAUAUGUUUAGGUGACGAUUUGAAAACAAAGAAAAAGUCUUCUAUCGCUUGGAAUGAAUGAUAUUCUAAUUACCAGUUUGUGACAUUUAUAUAGGCUCCUUUGAGAUGGUGGCCAAAAGCUGAAGUGCUUCAUCCAAAAGCUUCAGCACUAAGACAUAUUUUCUUGGUAUGUUAAGUUGUAAUCCUGUCAUUUGUUUGUCUUUCUGAUUUUUCUUGAUAUCCAAUGAUACAUAAAGAUCUUUUGGCUAAAUCAGUUGUGAUAAAUAAGAGUUCCACUGUGUAGUAUGAUCACAGAACAGCUGGAGCAGCUGGAGCUUGGGCUACCUGUGGUAUAAUAGGAACAUUCUCUGACUGUGUUCUGUAAUGUGAUUUUUAAAAAUAUUAAGGAUCCAUUACAAGGAUUCAUAAUGAACAAGGGUUUGUGAUACUUAUCUUUAUGCAUGGAAGACAGAAGACUACCUGUCUAAAAAAUCUGUGUACAUGGGAGCAUAUUUGCUUAACAUUGGGUUCAAUUCUGUGUUUUUUUAUCUUUUCAGAAUAUUUGUAACAAGGUUCAAAAUGGUGAACAAGAGGGACAACAGUCAAGAUUGAGUCAGGUGAAUAUAAAAGAACUUAACCCUUUAACUCCCAGAAGGGAUUAACUAGUAAUUUCUUCCAAUGAUAUCUAAACAUUAUCCAGCAAACAGGUCUUGAGAAUAUUCAAACUUAUCAGGUUGAAGUUGUUGUCUCAAUCUGACACCAAACUCUGGUAACUUAUUUACAAGGAAAUGCAUAGCACCUAGAGGAGAGAAUUAACAAUCAGAUCUUGGGUGUUAAAGGGUUAAUUCAUUAAUCAGUCAGUCAAUCAGACAGACAGAGAGAUAGACAACUGGUCACCAGGGGUGUAGGUGGAAUUCUUUUGUAAAGAUUAUGGGGUGGGGGCUGAACUAGUAUCAUGCUACCACUUGGGUUAUGAGCAGACAUUUUAUAAUGGCACUCAGAUAUUAGUAUAAAUUUUUUUUUAAUAAAGAGAGUGGGCCACAUGGAUCCUAAACCCUGCUAAACCACAUCCUUGGCCAGACUAUUGGCAAAACAGUUAAUUGACAGAGUGACAAACAGUGUGACAAACAUACAAACAGGUGCCAUUUGUUUGAAUGGUGGAUAGUGCUAUCCACCAGAUAAAUCUCCAACUGGUGGAUUGUGCAGUACACCUUCUCAACAUUUAUCUGCGGGAUAGUGAUUUAUCUGUUGGAUAGGGUUAUCUGCCCUUUUAACAACUGGGCUUAGAUGGGUAGACAAACAAACUGUAAAACAGACAGAUGGGCAAACAAAUAGCAUUCAGCACUUAAUGUCUUGAAAAACAUGAGGGUUUUGACAAAGUUAGUUUUGUGUUCUAGAUCUAUAAAGUAAAAGACAAGAAACACAAAGAAGAUGAAGUGCAUUCCAACAAGAAGCAUGACAAAGAGUUAUUACUAUGGCUGGUGAAAAUUUUUCAUGCAGAUCCUGUGUUUGCUUUUAAUGUAAGUUUAAUGUUUUGAAGUUGCCUGUUCUGGCAAGGUAAAAAGCAAAAAUUGAACUCAUUUACUAUAUUUGACUCCACGUGAACAGAAUCCUGAUCUUCAUGGCUGGGAGAUCCAAAAGAAUUCAACUCAAGUUAUAAUGGGUGUGGUCAAUUUGAUGUUAACACCUUCCCUAUCUGCAGAAAUAAGAAAUGAGGCAGCUGAGGUAUUCUUUCAUUAGUUUGAAGCUUUUCCAUUUGCUGUCUGUGCUUAUCUAGCUAUCCAUUACUGUGACAAACUCCUUUUAAUUUCCUAUAUUUUGUACACUCAGAUACUUACUUGUGAAAUUUGCACUUUUUUUUUCUUUCAGACUCUUCUCUGUUUCUUUGAAUCUGAUCACAUAGAGAUGUGGAAUCCUGUAGCACCUAUUGCUUCAUUUUGGGAAAUUAGGUAAGAAAAGACACAAAACUGCACAGGAUACCUUCACUUGUGUCUGCUUAACUAAUUAAGGCACUUUUCCUGUUGCUCAAAUUUUCGUUAGAUCAUAGCAAUAAAUUUGUGCUGGUUUCUGCUUUUUUCAGAAUGUGGUAUGAAUUAAUUAAGUAUAAUUUGAGAUCAAUCACUCAGUCCUGUGUUAUAACUUUUACUGCCCUUUCUGUUUCCUCUUGUAGUUCACAAGUAAUGGUGUCCAUUGCUGAGUUUCUCAUUGGUCAUGGCAGCCAUGGAACUGUUUUACUGAGAUACUUAAGGGAUCUAACCAUGUGUAAAAUUGAGUUUUUAAGGAAACACCAGGUUGGUUGAGCUCUGAUUAUAUUUCAUCAUAUAGUGAUUUAGAAAUAGAGGAUAAUUUUAUUAAGUUUCAUGAAGCCUUAACCAAAAUAAUGCAAAGAAAAACAAAAGAAAAUGGAGCAAGGAGGUAAAAAAAUUUGCACACAUGUGUACUGUACAAAUUAAAAUUACAAAAUUAGCUUAUUUUCAAAUAAGUUGCACACAAAUUUUUUUAAUUGUUACAGGAGCAAGCUUCCAUAGGAUGCCACUUGCCAAUAUGUACAGUUUCUCAAACUAAACUUGAGGUAGGUAUUCCUCUUUUGGAUAGAUGGCCAAAGAAAAAAUGAGAAGGAAUUGUUUGCCAGUUAGAGAGGAGAAUUAACAAUCAGAUCUUGGGAGUUAAAUGGAAAUUUUUAUAAUUUCUUCUCUUUUUUCAGGAAGUAUUCCUAAGUUACUUAUGGAAUCCAGAUAUGGAAACUGUGUUGAUUUCCCUUUCUUGUUUUGGACAAAUGUGCAAUGAAGUGGACAUUGUACAAAGUUCAGAGACCCUAAAUGUUCUGCAGACUUCUCAAAACUUAAAUGUGUACAAUGAGUUGUCACAGGAGGCUACCAAAUUUAGAGCUGGUGAGUUAUGCUUAAGACCAUAAAUAUAGAAAAUCAGUGGUGCUUUAAAUGGAAGAGUGUACAGAAUAAAGCCUCAGGGUUGUCAUUAGAAAUCUAAUAUAAGCAUGAUCUGAUCUGAGUUGGCAGCUGGAUUGAAUUGUGCUUGCAUUGCAAAUGUGGCACAUUGCUACAUGCCAUACUCAGCUACACCACUUCUUGAGGGUUCAGAAAAAUUUGAAAAUUGAAACUCUCUGAGAUGUGAUUUUCAGCAUUCUGGGACAUAUUUUUGUCACUUUUUCUAGUCAGACAUUGAGGUUAGAAUCAAUUCAGUGAGAAUACUUUUUUUUCUUUCUUCGAUCAUAAUUUGCAAAGUAGCUGGCUCAAAAUAGGCUGAUGUUUGGCAACUUUCCACCUCCAACCUGCUUCUAAUGACAGCCUAAAAUGCAACUUAAACUUCUCCCUGUACAAUGGACAUUUCAGAGGGAGGUUCUUGGGGGUCAGAAUCCUCCCCUAAGACAAGACCAAUUUUUCUCCUCCACUGGUCUUACACCAAAACUCUUGCAACAAAAAGAUGGUAGAAUGCUACACAACACAGCUGGCUGAAUUUUCCUUCUAACUUGGAGUUAAAGGGGAGAGGGGAGGUGUAGGUUGGUCAAAAAAUAAUGUGGGACCCCCUAUCAAAAAUUAUAGGACAAUAGGUGGAAUUUUCAUCUAAAAUUUUUUUGAAAAUUUGAUGCAGUGGAAAAAUGGCAAGUUGAUGAAAGGUUAGGUGAGGCCAUAACCUGUGAUGGACUAAAGCAGUUUUUUUUGUUAUUAUGUCUAAGCUUAAUCUGUUGUUUUUCAGGAAGAGCAGCACUGCAAAAACGGAUCAUGGCUUUAUUACGGCAACUUGAUAGCCAAACUGCAGGGAAUUUUCAGGUACUGUUCAACUUGGUGAAUUUCUAUGCCUUUUGAAUUCAGGCAAAAAACUGAAUCACAAUUCCCAGUUUGAUGGAUAAUUCAAAUUUUGUUUCAUUUCAUUCACAGGCCUGGGAAAGUACUUACACAAAAUGGCAAAAGCUAACCUUUGACCUUGUCAACUUUGGUAAAGAUGAUUCUCCAUCAAUAGAUGUACAGAAAUAUCUUAGGCGGAGAUCACAUGCCAAGAUCACGACUGACAACUUGCAGGUACAUUUGUAUACUUUUAACUUUUUAGCUGCCAUUAGAGACCAAGACAGAAUUUCUCCUUUUAAUAUUAAUACAAUAUCAAGUAGACUGUUGUUAGUAAUUCUGAAAAAUAUAAAUUAGGGAUUGUUAAUAGAUGCAGCAGCAAAUUUUCUGAACUAACUUUAUUAGAAUUGUAAGGCAGAUAGUAAGGAGAAUUACUAAUGAGAUCUUGGGAGUGAAAGGGUCAACAGAAAUUUAUGAAUUGUUUAUGUACAUUAACGAGUAUAGGUUUCAAUGACUUGAGUUGACUUCAUGUUGUUGGUAGCAGCUGAGAAUUGUGAAAGUUUGUCUGGUACUACUGACAUUUCAAAAUUAAUCCAAAAAUUUUCAGAUGGUGAUUUUCAAAUGUUGUAGUUAGUGUUAUACCAAGCGUAACAUGUGCUUCCCUUCCCUCAUCCUGGAUCUUUGUAAGCCUGUCUGUAGCCAUUAAGGUAGCAAUAGAUAGGCACAAAAUCUCUAUGGAAAACACGCAGCACAAAUUUAUUGCGGGGAGUGAAUACUUUGUAAAGAACACAAGAUUUUAAAGAUAUGUUUUCAUUGGUUUGUUGCAAAUGGUUGUAUUUUCUAUUACCUUGAACAGUUUAAGGAAAGAGAAAGAGAGUUUUGGCAAGGGCUUUUUAAUGGUAAUUUGUUACUUUAUGUGUAUUUAAUCUCUAGACAUCAUUCAUUGAAUGGACAUUCAUGACAGGAUUUCUCUGUUCACUUGGGGGAGUGUGUUUGACUUCACUACAACCAAUAAGGUAUUGUAUUGUUACCAGUAAUUUUAAGUUUGCAAGUGAGCCAAGUGGCCUGCAAUGCGUCAGCUUUUUCUGGUCUUUGUAGCACAAAGGGACUUUAACAAAUGGACAGUGGUCUGUACUCUUAUCAAUAAUGAUAUCUGUCAUCACAGUUACUAAAAUAUUGUGGGUGCAGCCAAGUGACUCUGCAACAAAUUUUGACCACUGUGAUGAUGAAUAUUGUUGUUGACAAUAGUACUGACUAUGCUUAACCACUGCUGAUAUCUAGUUUUACCUUAAUAUUAAUGUGAAAUAAAAUGAUUCUUUCAGUGUGUGACCAAGAUAAAGGCAUUGUGUCACAUGUGGAUGCAAGCAGCAGCAUCUGUACUCUUAUCGACAAUGAAAAAUUUGUCAAUCCCCCCCCAUCCCUCCCCCCCCCAUAUUAAUUGUCAAAUGGUAAUUUUCCCAUCUGCAUUACAGAAGAUACAGCAGAAGUCUUCCUUCAUCAGUUCACUCCAAGGCUGAAUCAACUGAUACAGAAUGUGCUACAGUAACUAAGUAAGUUAUCAUUUUAUAUGUCAUUUUGAGUUAAAGGAGAAUAAUGAAAUGAUGCUUGCAGUUGAACUGCAAUGACAGAAAUAACAGAAAAGAAAGCCUGAAAAUUCCUCUUUCAUGUAUUGUAUGCAGGUCUUAAUAUGUUUGUUUGAGGUCAUUGUUGACCUCAUGGGCUGAUUUGCAGCCUAUUGAUAAAGUGGCAUUCACUGACCUUUGGCCUUGUUCUAAAAAUAUUUUUUUAGUUUUAGAGGUGAUAAAAAAGAGGAGGUUCAGUGAGUUCAAUUUUUAUUUGUCUUUAGGUUUAUGCAGGAUGUGUUGAGUCUCCUGGUUUGCAGUAAUGAUAAAACUGGUUUACAGGUUGGUGUGAAACUUGAGAUUAUUGUAUGAAUUGGAUACCAUUAGAUACAAUUAAGUUUUGUAAAUUAGGUUAAUGAGGAACCAAGUUUACAGGUGGGAGUUUUAUUCAAUUUUAUGAUUUGGGCUGUGAAAUCUAGUUAAGUGGGUUGAAGUUUCCUUUGAGCAUAUAGAUUCAUUUAAAGGUUUGUUGUACCAGCUUAGUUACAGACAUGCAAGUAGUGUGAUAUGUUUGUGGCUCUGCUCAAUUCUUUAAAUUGAGGUGGGAAUAUUUAAUGAUAUGUUGCAGUCAGUGAAUUUUUUCACUUGUAUAUUCUCUAGUUGGUGUUCACAUUAUGGAAAUGACUCUAUUUUUAAAAGGGUCUCCAUGAGGUUAACGGUUAGACAUAAAAAUUAACAAAUUUUUUAACUGCUAGCUGUAGAAAAAGUUAACUGUAAAAAAAUUCUCAGGUGACAACAAUGGAAAGCUAUUAACCCUUCAACUCCCAAGAUAUCAUUUGUAAUUCUCCUUACCGUCAGCCAAAUGAUGAGGAGAAAUUCUGUCUUUGUCAUUCAUGGGAGUUAAAGGGUUAACUGUUAGCCCUAAAUUAGCCAAAAUUUUAACUAUUAGUCGUAAAAGUCAUCACAUUAUGGAGACUCUCUUUUGACGUAUCCUUUUAGUUAACUAAUAGCGUACAGUAUCUUAAAUCACACUAUUUGGUAUUGAUUAGGCUUUUUUAUGUUGACUUCAGAUACGUAGUACAGUCAAUGAGCUGGUUGGAGUGGAGCUUAGUCCAAAGCUUUAUCCCAUUUUACUGACGCAGAUCAUGACAGUAGUUAACAGCUUCUUCACACCAUCUGGGCAGGUUAGUCCUUUGCUAUCAUUGUUGAAGGUGACUAGUGAAAGAUGAUUAGUGCAGUGGAAAAAAUAUCCAGUAUCCCAAGGUUUGUUUGUGACAUGUAUCCUGUGUGCUGUUAGCGUCACUUAUGUGGAAAGUGCAAUGUGAGUUUAAGUUAGGAAAGAUUGUCAGUUUUGAGCUUGGUAGUGGCAUGAAGAAAGAUGUUAUACUUGGGAACUUAACAUCGAGCUUUCUGUAGUUCACUGACAAUUUUCAGAGGAUGUAAUUCGAAGAUCUGAGAUUUCAAUUUCUCAUGGAAACUCAAUUAUUUCUUUAUUCCAAGCUGGUGACAGGUCAAAUAACGUCCUUUUGUGGAAAAUAUUACUACAACUAAUAUGAAAAGUAGCUCCACGAUGUUCUUGACCACAAGACUAUCUUCUUUUGGCAAGCUACAAGUGUUUGCCUUCAAUCCUCAUUCAAAUGCACUCUGGGGUAUUGCUCUGUACAAAAAAAAAAAAUACAGAUGAUUUCUGCAAAUAGUGAAGGAUCAUGUCAUAAAUAUUGUACAUUUAUUUAUUUACUGGUUUCACAUGAAUUGUAAUUAUCUAAUAAUGCAAGCUUGUUUCCAUGUCAGGUGGUGGUUCAAGAGAAACACACGCUUUUUAUAGCACAGGUAUGUGCAACUGAUUUGCAUAACUUCCAAUUUUGGAAGGUUUCACUUUGUUUAGAAGAAUUGGUUUUUGUUUGUUGACCUGUCAGUCCAAAGCGAUGGAGAACUUUUUGCAAGUGCUGUAAUUGUGCAAAUCAUCAUGCAAACUUAGUAGAUUUCACUUUGUUUAGAAGAAUUGGUUUUUGGGUGUUGAUCUGUCGGUCCAAAGCUAUGAAGAACUUUUUGCAAGUGCUGUAAUCGUGCAAAUCAUUAUACAUAUUGAGAAGGUGUCACUUUUUUCUAAAAGAAUUGGUUUUUGUUUGCUGAUCUGUCAGUCCAAAGCUGAGAACUUUCUGCAAGUGCUGUAAUCAUGCCAAUCAUUAUGCUCACUUAAAAUGCAUUUAGAGUUUUGAGAAGCUUAAAAGAUGAACCAAUGAUUUUACUGUCACUUUCUUUCCAACUCAUUACUCUCGUUCUUCUUUGGAACGGUUUACUCGACGACUUAGUCUUGUUUUUUUCCUCAAUAUUACCAGAUCAUUGUAAUAAUCAAGCACAUCCUGGAAAAUAAACUUGGACACAAGGAUUGUUUUCAGAUGAGUGGCAUUGAUGCUAUGAUCCUGUCAUUUGUAAGGUCAGUUUCAAAAUUGUUGUCGCCUUGUUGUUCAAAGAAAUUUUUUAAGAGAAGGUGAACUUUCAUGCGACAUGUGAGUCUCAGUAAGUCAGUUUGUCUUGAGUUAGUAGAUAACUACCAGGGGUAGUGAUACUGGAUAGAUUUACUACUACCUUUCUUAAUCACGAGCCUUUGGUGAAUGCAAUUUUAAAGUAAGAGAAGGUUUACUUUUCAGCCACAGGUAUCACGCGUAAGUAUGUAAUUACCUGGGUGCCCCCCCCCUUCCGCCACCUAAGGUUAUUCCCCACUCCCUUCCGCUAAAUCUGCCAUUUGAGGAGUAAUGUGUGAUCUUGUCGUUGCAAGAAUGUUGUCAGACCAGCAGUAAAAAAUCUCACUGGUCUGAUGGGGCGGGGGCAAUCCGUGGGACCCUCCUUCUGGAUCUUCCAAUACCUCUACGUGUAAGAGACAUGGUGGCCUGGUGGCCUGGUAAUGAGUGUGCUGGAGUCGGGGGGGGGGGAAGGAAUGGUGGUAACUAGGCGAUGGACUUGCAUCCUGCAAAGAAAGGGGGAACAAGACUCGUGGUGGCUAAAUGCUACUGAAACCAAGAAAAAGUCUGACAGGAUGGGCUUGGCACAUAAGAUGACUUAGCAUUGUCCUCUCCAUGUCGUUGAUUUUCAGAUAUGUGAGGAACCUUCCUGUCAGUCAUCAGGCCCUGCAGAUAAAGUGUAAACUCUGCCAGCUGAUUGAUGUGGUUGGUAUUUUUGCUAUGAGUGAAUCCACUUUUCUCAAAAACCACCGUGAUACGAAAUGGAAAUGACUGGAUGAAAUAUGACAGUACCCAAAGCUGUAAGAAGCAGUGAAUACUUAAUUGUUUGUUGUUGCUUUUGAUGGCAGAUUAUGGCAAAGAGAGACGAAUUAUUACUUCAUCAAGAAGUGAAGCUACGGAACAAGCUUGUGGAAUACCUCACUGAUUGGGUUCUACCAUCUGCUGAACAUCAUCAGAGUAUCCCUCUAGAGCUCUCGGGUUUAUCCAAGUAAGUUCUAUCGUUGCCGAGCUUUCCAGGCUCCCGAAGUGCUGUUUUGAUGAAAAUGCGCGUUUCCUUUCAUCGCAGCCCAAAAAUUUCGCAAUGGUCUGUUUUUGUGGCUUCCCUCAUCUAGCCAUGUUUUCAGAUUUAUUUGUCAUAUUUUAAGUCGUUGAAACACCGAGCUCUAGGAGCUAGAUUUGUUACCAUCUACACAUCGGACGACUCCAACGCUUUUCUUGUGCUCUCCAGGCCUCCCGCAUGUCUUCCAUACUUUGAUAUACGUUCGGUUAUCACACUGGUGCACAAGGGGAUAUAUUGCUUUUGUCACAAAUGCUGAAAGUUAAGGCACCAAUAAGGCUCAAAACAAAGAUUGUUUCUGUUGGAAUUGUGACGUCUUCAUUGCGAUACAAUUGUCGACGCAAAAUUUGCAAGCUAUAAAUUUAUUAUUAAUAUUAUCAGGCCUUGUUCUGUACUGACUCCUUACCUGACUCUCAUAUGUUCAAGAUGGAUGCAUUCUUUAUUCACGUAUCAAUCACAUGAAAUUUGGUUUUGCAGAGAUCUUGAUGCUACUGUGAUGCGUGCAAUAGCAUCACUCCUGUCCGGGUUACCCCUGCAACCUGAGGGGAUGGAGACAGACAUUAUGGAGGCCAAGUCACAACUUUUUCUCAAGUAAGAAUUACGAAUUGGAAAAAAAAACCAGUAUGUGAUUUCUAUGUUUUAAAACGCUUACAAAUCAACUGCAUGAACGCAUUCGUGCAUUCAUAUUUUUGCCAACUGAUGGAAUUAUCUAGUAUUCUUCUCUCAUAAACUUUUGCUGAGGUCGAUUGUUCCACGCUAUUUUAGAAUGUGGAAAUUGGGCUAUUAUUCCUGACAAUAUCACCAAGCCGAAAUCAAUUUAUAACAGGGAAGGAUCAGAGUCCAAGAAGGCUGACUUCUUUCUACAGUUUCUGAUUUUCUUGAUACGAUUCCCUAGUAUCGUACCAAACCUAUCUUUCUGUGCAAAUCAACAAUGCAAUUUAAAAGUGUACCUGUUCUUGUGUGAACCGAUGUAUUAAAAUUUCUCUUGAUAGAAGAGAGUUGGUGGGACGUGACGAGCCUUAAUUCGCUCGACAACCGAUUUUUAUUGGAGUUUUCGCCUAGCUACUUCAUGUCGUUGAGAAAAAUUUGGGAAAGCCUACAGAGAGUCCUUUGUCAGCUUUUAGCUUUAAGAAACGACAUAGACGGUUUCUCGUUUAUUAAUUAUAUAUUUUGAUUUAGGUACUUCACUCUAUUUAUGAACUUGAUGAACGGGGAGAAAGGUGCAAAAACUACAGAUGAGCAAGAAGAAAAAGGUGAAAUGCAUCAUAAUGCAUCCCAAACAUUGCAUCAAAAUGCCGUCCUAGCUAUGUCCAACCUUCUGAAUGCGAACAUCGAUACUGGGCUUAUGUAUGCAAUAGGUAAGUGAAAUCAACGUUUUAGACCGUAACAUCAGUAACACAUGUUCAUGGGAAGGUAGACGGAAGGGGAAUUGAGUUAUUUGCUGUUACUACAUUUUUCAGGUCUUGGUUACCAUGAUGAUUUACAGACAAGAGCUGUAUUUAUGGAGGUCCUCACCAAGAUUCUACAACAGGUUUGUUCUGAAUAAUUUUUGUGAUUUAGAUCUUGCCUCAAUAUCCAAUUCAUUUCAGAAGUGAGUUUUACUUUUGAUUGACCUAUUCAGUUACUAUUCCUCAGGGCACUGAAUUUGACAAUUUGGCAGACACGGUGUUAAUGGACAGAUUUGAUAGACUAGUGGACUUGUUGACGCUGACAGGAGAGAAGGGGAAACUUCCGAUUGUGAUGGCUUUGGCCAAUGUAGUACCAUCACAGCAGAUGGUAACCUUUUUUUUUCUUUUCGAAAACUUUAUAGAAUCCCUAAGUUUAUUCACUCCCUGGAUAUCAAUCCAGAAUGGUUUUAGGCAAGUUCAGUCAUGCAACGGUGUUAAGUCUUAUAAAGUAAUCAAAUCGGUUAAUCUAUUGAUUUCCAGUAGUGAGCGACAUAGAACAUCCCCUUUACAACACCAAUGCGUUAUUAGGCAGGUAGAUUGUGAGAAUUACGAAAAUGAUGGGAUGUUUGUCAUGGUACUAAGCCACAAACUUUCAUGACCAACCUAUAGUACAUGGAAAUGUGAAGUUUUUAGAAUGAAGAAUGACAAAGUAAAAGUUGUGUUAUGAAGUAUAAAUUAACAGUAAAUAGUUUCCGUGUUCUGGUUGCGUCAUGUAUCUUUUUGUAAGCCAGUCUCCAUCGGAGGACGCCUCAUAUAAGCUUAUUUUGUUGUUAUGUGGUAGUAACCGUGGAAAGCGGCAAAAUUGAAUAAGUCGUUAAGAUUUCCCUCUUUUGUAAUUUUAGGAUGAGCUGGCCCAUGUCCUGGUCACUCUGUUUGAUGACAGAAAGAAUCUGCCUCAGCUGCUGAAUAACGUAUUUUCUAUGGAGGUACGUACCACGUACUAGGUUUGUUUAGUUAAUUUUAGAACAUUUGAUAAUGAAUUUACUAAGUCACCAAAGGUUUAGUAGAUUGAUGCAAACGUCAACUACUGAGGUUUUAACCCUUUCCACCCUCACAUCAGUAUACAUUUUCCCCAUACUGUUCUCUAUACAUUUCCUAUGGUACUGACAAAGAGAAUUUGUUUAACAAUCAAGAGCUGCUUUAGUUGGUGAUCAUUUCCUUUAUUCUCAUGACCUCAAUGUUUGUUUUAGGUGCGAUCCUGAUGGGAGAAAAUAGUUACUAAUCACUCUUAGGGGUUAAAGGGUUAAGAAAACUAGUCAGAGUAGUCUCAGUUUUCUCGAACACGUCGUCUUAACCCUUUAACUCCCUGAUCAAAUUUGUCUUUCUCCUUAUUGUCAACCAUACAAUUCUUAUAAUGUUAGGUCAGAGAAUUUAGUAUUGGAUCAACUAAUUCUCCCCAAAUUGACAUUUUUCUUUAUUCUCAUCACUUAUCUGGUUGAUAUUGUAUUGAAAUUAAAAGGAGAAAUUCUUUCUUGGUCACUUAUGGGAGUUAAAGGGUUAAAUUCUUUUUCAACCUCAAGCAGUGAAAAAGACCAUUUUAAAGCAUAUCCUAAGACCAAACUAUCACAUUUUGUAAAAGUUGUAAGACUUAAUUGUGUAGGUUAAAAUAAACGAACUAAACCAUCUUUUAAACAGGGUAAUAUGUUAUUAUGAACUGAGUUGAUAGCGUCAAUUGGCAAUGGCGAAGAGUUUAAAGUCUGACGUUUCGAGCGCUGACGAAGGGCUAACGCUCGAAAUGUCAGCUUUUAAACUCUUUACGGUGGCCAAUUUACGUCGUUAUCAACUCAGUUGAUAAUACCAAAUUACCUUGUUACACUUCCCCACCGACGCAGCACCACAGUUUCUUUAAAAACUUACCCCUUUUAUUCAUCUUUUGAACAGGUUUACAGCACGGAGGGAAUGCAGACGCUCUUUAGAGGAAACAGUCUUUCCAGUAAAACCAUGGCAUACUGUUUCAAAGUAUUUGGUGGCAGUUACCUUCACACACUACUUGCACCGCUGAUAGCUCCUAUGUACAAAGAACAUGUCUCAUUUGAAGUGGAUCCUACAAGGUUGGUUUACAAUAGAAUUGUGAUCUCUUUGUGUGCGGCUUUUUGGCAAAUUCGUUGCAAAUGAACGUGAAAUUCACCUCCGGUGAAAACCUGGCGUAACUCGUCCUGGAGUAGUCUUGGUGACUAUGAGCAGAGGUCUCAAUUGUUUAUUAACCAGUGAUUUACUUGCUUCUCUUCCGUUUAAGGACAAUUCAUUUAGUUUCUGUCUUUCUUUUAAAAGUGUAAAUGACACUGAUGUGGUUUCUGAAGCAUAAUUCUCUUUUAAAGUAAGAUCAAGCGCCUGAGAAUCAGUGAGGGCUUGUGUUUCUUAUCACAGAUCCUAAAUUAUGCGUAUUUCUGUUUUCUCAAUUAAGGCUGGAAAAAGGUCAAAAUGUCGAAGAGAACAGAAAUAACCUGAUUAAGGCCGCUCAAAAGUUCAUCAACGAGAUUGUAAUUUCAGCUGAAAGGUAAAUCGGGAUUAGUGUUCAGCACAGUUCAGGCACUCUGUAGCUUUGUUGUGGUGAUUUCAUUUGAAAUGCGUUUCUAACUGGUUCAACUUGAUGUUUGCAUGAAUGUCUUUGAGACUUUAUACUCAAAGUUUGAAAUGUGGCUUUAGUACUGAACCCACUUUAUUUUUCUGUCUGUGUAUUAGUUUUCCUAUUCAGCUACGGCGUCUGUGUAACAGUCUUAGAGAGGUAUGUGUGUAACACUUAAAUAUUACGUCUUACUAUAGAUAAACACCAAUGAAAUACCAAGUGAGCUUUCGUGCGAAAACGUGAUAUCGUCACACGUAAAAAGAUCACUGUUGUUAUGGAUACAUAUUAAAAUCGCGCCUUUCGAAAUGUUUAGUGUUUCCGCUUGGAGAUACGACAUUUCUCUUCUCGCGGAAUAAGAAAUUUCGUAUAUCCGUGCGGUCAAGUAAUAUCAUCUAUUUAAAAAGAGUUUUGGAGUUUUUCUUUCCUUUCCAACUAAAGAAGCUCUUGAUUGUUAAACGGCAAGUUCUCCUUGUCUACAUCCUAGGAAAUAAAUACUAUGAUCUGAUAUAAGGAUUUAAAAGAUUGAUAGAUGAUCGAUGAACUUUAUUUGUCGUUUGAAACAUUCAAACUCACCGUAGUGGUGUUUUCUGACGUUAGUUAAAAUUUUUAUGAUUCUUUGAAUCAACUGACCAUUCACUGCAAAUAUAUUUAUUUUGGUUACAGAUUGUUCACCAGAGAUUCCCAAAGCACAGUUUAGAAGCAGUGGGGAGUGCCUUCUUUCUGAGAUUCAUUAACCCAGCAAUAAGUACGUCUGCUUUGUUAUUUAACCUACGCAGGGCAUGUAUUAAAAUUUGAAAGCUCUACCUUCGUUCCAUUGUGUGACCGAAUGGUGUAUUUUAGUCCCCUUCCACUUCUGUUCUUUGGAAAAAAAUUCUUCGUUAGGAUUAGAAUGAACCUCCUGGUGAUUACCUACACAUAUUUUUAUCUUUUAGCUUCACCCCACGCCACAGGGAUCGUCGACCAGAUUCCUCCAGAGGAGCUAAGGAGAGGACUGAUGUUGUUGUCUAAGGUAAGGGGAUGGCUCUCGAGAAACAUAGUUGGUCGGUCAGUCCGUCCGUCCGUCCGUCAGUAGUCAGUCACGCAGUCAGUCCAUUAACUAGUCUGUGUUGUCAACCGAUUGGUCUGUCACUCUCAAUCCAUCAGUCAGUAAAUCUUGUCAAUCAAUCAGUCAAUUGAUCAUCGAGUCAGUUCUUCAGUCAGUCAGUCAGUCAGUCAGUCAGUCAACCAGUCAAUCAUUAACUCCGUCUGCCAGAAAGUCAGCUGUCUACCAGUCAGGCUACCAGUGAGUCUAUCUCGUGCGUCAAUCAGUCGAUUCUUCUGCCAGUCAAUUCGUCUGUCUAAUAGUCCAUCGUUUUGUUCACCUGUAAGUCAGCUGACCCGUCCCUCUGUCAGACUUACAGGCAGCUUCUCAGAGUUAUCUGAUGACGAUAUGAUCCUCUCUUCUAAUUGCUUCCCAUUUAUGGUCUCUUUUUCAGAUUCUUCAAAAUUUAGCCAACCAUGUCCUGUUUACAAAGGAGAAACACAUGGAACCUUUUAACGGUUUUCUUCAAGCAAACUUUGACAAGGCAAGAAAGUAAGUCGGCAAACCUGACCCGUUUUCAGUUAUCAUUGCUUAAUUGGGACCUUUUUUUGUUGGUUCCCAAGAACUGAGAACGGAAAGGGAGACCUCUCAACAGUUUCCUUUUUUUGGGGAGGAGAAGGGAAAUUUGUGGAGAAAGAAUUUCUAUAAGUAAGCUCCAGAUGUUGCUAAGGUAUUGAAAAUCAUGAGAUAUGCUCACUCGGUGAUGUCUACUUCUUGAUGUGGAAAGAGUUAGGAAGAACUUUAAGUUGGCAAAGCACUGAAAUUCUUUAAGUUUGAGGAAUUUUUCCUCGGUGUGCGUGAAUUGGGGAGUUUAAGAAAACCAGGACGGCAACGGAAACGAGAAUGUCACUAAUUAAAAUGUUUAACGAGCAGAACAGUGGCUGUGCACGUUAAAUUUCUUUGCGUCCUCUGCAAAACAACAACGUGAAAUAAAACGUGAAAUUGCGUUGUCUGGAGAACGUGAACGACGACAGCUAAUUUUUUAAAUUUCUACUUCUGUUUUAACGCUGUGUUCCAUAUUCAGUUUCGAAGAUAGUUUUGACAGUGAGAAAUAAACUAAAUGACUUUAGAAUAUCGCGAGAUUCGCAGGUAACAUAUAAGUUCCCCCUAUUGGGGAGUUUAAGAAACGACGACGGCGACGCCGUGGACAACGUCGGUUAAAAGUGAACUUGUGCGCGUGCAUAGACGUUGUUCUUCUCAUUAAAACUGUGAAGCAGUGCACGUGCACAGCCAUUGUUCCGCUCAUUAAACCUUUUGUUUUGUGACGUUCCCGUUACCGUUGCCGUCGUGGUUUUCAUAAACCCUAGGCUGUAACGAAGACAAGACCUGAUGAUAAGUUAUAUAUUUUUGCGAUAAAUUUCAAGGGUGACCAAAUCAUCAACGAACUUGGCAUUUACCACGCUCUAUAAAAAGACAAAAACUGGACUUAAAAGCCGUGGGACAUUUUGUAUCAUAAAUAAUCCGAAGCUUUUAGUGCCUUUUGAUUAACUUGAAACUUUACGCUGAACUUCAAAAUUAUGAACUUGGCAAAGAUGCCCCCAAAAAGACAUAUCAUCAACUGUUACAGCAGCCCAUUUUAAAACCUCCAUUCUCAAUAAGAUUAGUAGUCUUGAUAUGAUACUGUUUUGAUUUUCAGAUUUUUUAACGCCAUUUCAUCGAAGUGUCCUUCAAAGAGAGACGAGGAUAGCACGAGUUAUUCUUUUAUUAGUGACAGUAGCGUGUUGAGUCUCCAUAAACUCUUGUGGGAUCACCAGGAAAAGAUUGGAACUUAUCUUGCUACAAAGAGGUUAGCAAUGAUCUACCUACAUUCGCUCCGACGAAGGGCUAACGCUCGAAACGUCAGCUUUAAAACUCUUUUAAGGUAGCAAAUUUACGUUAUCAGCUCAGUUGAUAUUACUGCUAUUGGUGUAGCAGCUAGAAGGGAGAAUUAACAAUCAGGUCUUGGGAGUUAAAGGGUUAAGCAGCAAAUCCCUUUGUGUCUUACAGUGAAUUCAAGACGUUUGGUAGAAGACCUUUUGAGAAAAUGUCAACGCUACUGGCUCAUCUUGGACCACCUGAUCAGCAGAAAAAUCAUUUUUCACAUCCGUAAGUUCAAACCUAAUUUGAAGUAUCUUAGUUUCAAGUAAGUUACCGGUGUUCUCCUUGUGAAAAAUUGCUGGGCGUCAGCGUGAAAGUCGAUAAACAUUUGCAUCCUGAGGGUGUACUCAGAGAUUCAUAAGCUUUUAUCAAGACCUGUCAAGAAAUUUAUUGAAAUUAUGCCACUGGAAUGAAAGUUUUAGACUCUCAAUUGAAAAGCGCUUUGACGUCGGUGACUGAAGAUGUUGUUUGCAUUUUAAUUGUUUAUGCCCAGCGUGGACUAAAGUGUUUCUUUUUUUUGUGUGUGUUCCUUUUUGAAGGCGGUGGCAGGAUGGAGCUCGUUUUGAAGAGUUUAUGGCGCGUCAUGCUGAAGAGAGCCGGGAUGAUUUACAAACCAUGAAAAGUUUAAACGUGUUUUAUCAAGUAGGUCCAGAAUUUUUGUACAAUAAAUGUUUUUGUAAUGACGGUACAUGCUAACAAAAUUUAUGGAAACUCUAUACGUGCGUUGCGAUUUCAGUUCUAAACUGUACUAUGUUAUGCAGAAAAUUUCCACUACUGAAGCAAGUAGUGCAAAGUCGUUCAUCUUGCUUUCAAACUCGUUUAGAGGUGUUCCAAGUGUGGAAAAUUGUGUCCAAAUGUUAUUCCAAGUAAGUUUUAGUUAUUAAAUUCUAGAUUGUUCUAGACUGUGGCUAGAUUCUGCUCAGCCUGUGAUCAACUUGUACAACAACUUUGAAGGAAAAACUCGUUGUAGAAUGUUUGAUAUGUUACAGAUUGUGCAGCUGUCAUUUAAGGUUUCAAGUAGUUUGUUUUAAACAUAACACGUUUAGGUAAAGGCCAGUGUAAUUUCUUUUUAUUGAAGGGUGGCAAGUCAAAAAGUGGACAUCCUGUGUUCUACUAUAUCGCCAGGCGAUUCAGGUAUUGUGCAAAGUUUUCUUUUUUUCCCAAAGCUUUUCAAGAGUGACAUUUUAAAAUCCCAGUAAAGGAAUGCAGAGCGCAUGCUUGGACGCUAUGGUGUCCUUGAUUUCUUCCCUUGAGUGGCUGUGAAGAAGACUAGACUUCAUAAUGAGUGACACUUUCAUUCUGAAUUUCAGAGGAGACCAAAUCACUGAUGAACUUCUCAUAUACCAUGCCCUAAUAACACUGGAAAGCUGCAUCGAGAGACCCUGGGAACUGGUUGUUGACUUUACCCAUACAACUUUAGAAAACAGGUUUAGUGUAAGUGGAAAGAUUUAUGUCCUUUUGCUGCCAAACGUAACAUGGUAACAGAUAACUUACUUGAUUCUUUGAUAAAUUUUAUGUUUUCAUUUUUCGUUUUUUUUUUUCAACGAGCAGAGGUUGUGCAAAGUGAAUAAUGCCAUAGGGUGUGUAAACUGGCUCAAGUGUUUUAUUGUUACUAAAGUUCCAGCAAGAAGCUGUCUCUCCCAAUUCUGCUCACUGCAUUUUGUCACCAACUAGAACACUGUGUAGAUUGAAACCUUUCAUUUAGUAAUUUUGAUUCUCAAGUACGGAAGGAAAAUCUCAGAUUCUUCGAAGAAAAUCUUUAGCACUCAAACUAUUUAUUACUGUGAAAUAUUUUGUUUCAGCCCUCCACAGUAUUAAAGCUUUUAACAGUCGUACCAGAUGGCGCUGUGAAGAAUCUCCAAGCAACGUACUUGUAUAACUGCAGUAGUUCACUGAGACAAUAUGCCAAGUACAACGAACGACACUUGUCUCCUUUGAAGGUAGUUAUUUCUUGCUUUAACCCCUCGACUCAAAAGGGUGACUAGCAUCUAAUUUCUCCUUACAAUAUCACCCCCGAAUCACACGUUAAGAUCACGAGAAUAAAGAAAUACUUGAGAAAAAUAGGUAAAAAUAAAGCACAAAAUAUAUAAGAUAAUAUUUCAAAUAUAUGAAGAUCCUAAUAAUUGAUGUAUCAGACUAUGAAAAGUAUAUAAAAUAAAAAUGAUCGGCAAUCAAAUUUAUAGGCAGGAGUGAAAAAAUACACAGUUUAAAAUCAGUAUGACUUAAUCUCCCACGAAGUUCGGAGAUUGACUUGCUUGUUUGAUUGAGUUAUUCGAGUUAUUCCAGUAAUAAGAGACAUUGUGCCUGUACACGUGUGUGCUAUUAAUAUCCUUGUUUCAAGAACACAUUCAACUCGUUGAUGCAUUGCAUUUGGGGAGCUGUUUAGUACUCCUGCUAUAGGUUUAAAAUAGGUGAUUGCUUUCUUAUAAGACGCAUUGCAAAAUUGAUAUAUCUUAUAUCUCAUAUGAUGUGCUGUGCACUGUAAUGAGUUGCUAGCUGUACCUGAACCUGUAGUGUGUCACUAAGCGUCUAUAAAGCUACAUUUUUGGUCGUUCAUGUGCAUAUGUUGUGACGUUCAUCUAUUUUCUCACAGGGACGCUCUAUAGUUCGAGUUUGUGAGUCUCUAAGUAAACUACACGAGUAUAUUAGUUCAAGUGAACUUAAGUUACCAAGUUCCACUGUGUCCCUCGAGGAAGACUUAAAGGUAAGCAUUUAUUGUGCACCGUUUGUCGCUAUCUUCGAUUGAGUAUCAACGCAAUACAGGAUUGCUUUGGUCUCACUUUACUUCGCUCUAUGUUUGGGCGAGAAAACUCGCGCCAUCUUCUCAUCCAAUCAGAUACCAAACUGAAACCAACUACGACUUGGUCACCUGCGUUUUCCCGCGCUUUAGCAGGUCGUUUGUUUUACUUGUUGAUUGGCCGUUGUGCUAACCUUUGGCUCUAUUAUUACAAAGCUUUUUUGACAUACGCUACAUUGUGCUCGACGUUCACAAAAUUUGUGGUUUUCUUGUACAGGUUUUUCAUGCUUUCAGGGUGUCGAGCAGGAGCAAUGUUUUGGUCAAGGUAAUAACUUUCUGUGUUAUGUGCAAUUGGAGAACUCAUAAUAACCAUUUACUGAUCAUUUAUCAAAUUUAUUUUGUCGCGUGUUAAGGUUGGCCCCACAUCAGUGCAGAUCACCACUCCAGAGAGACACAGAGUGUUAGGUUAUUCAAGCAUCCUUAAUGAUGUAUAUUAUGCCUCAGAAGUUAAGGGGGUAAGUUGGAUCAAUGGGAAUGUCGGGCCAAGAAAGUACACUUUGAAUGAAAGCGAUCUUCGCAGAUGAACACUACUUUAGGAGUAGUGAAAAUAAUUCAGGCCUGUACCUGUUCUUGCUGAGUGACAGAAGUGAUAACUUUUUCAUAAUUGAACUUUCACUUCUAUUCCUUUAUUAGGCCACUGUGGAGGAUGAGAACCUGUGUCUAUUAAAGCUGGCCAAUGUUGGUCCAGGGAUUCUUCUGAUGAGUAAUGACAGUGAGCAGAUUGUUCAAGCUGUUACACACGUUAAGACCAGAUGGCAGCUCUCACAACCCGUAUGUACCACGCUCUAUGAUUGUUUUAUAAAGUGCGCGCCAAAAUUUCAACCAAUCAGAUGCAGAACUCAAAUAAAUCGGGACUUGGUCACUCACUUUUUCCCGCGCUCCCGGUAGCUCGAGCUCCAAUUGGCUGCCGUCAUAAUUUUCUUUGUCCUGAUUAGCUGUGGUGAUUACUUUGGUCUUUAUCUCACGACAACGAAUUAAAAAACGUUCUAUAAACUGUGAGUUUGCCUUCUUUUCCUGUAAUCCUAAUAUCAUCUCUGCAGGUAACCAGGUAACCAGCAGAAAAUUUCUUUACCACGGCUAAAGGGGUUAUUUUCAUUAUCGUUACAAAUGACUUCGAGCGGGCAGUGUGAUAUUCAGUGCGUUAUAAACGUCCUAUUACACCUCUUUGUUGUUGUCGAUGUUUUUCAGUACAUUGUGAUUAUUUCUGUUUACUUUUUCUAGGACUCAUCCACAACUACAAGUAAGAAGAUCAAGCCCAAAGAUGUCCCAGGAACACUACUGAACAUGGUAAGACAUUAUGUAGUACUGAAUAUUAAAGCAAUCUUCACUGUCAUUGAUUAUGUACAACCGUUGAGAAAUUUGAAAAAGUUUACAUGUGCUUUUGUUCUCUCUUAUGUCUGUUUACUCCAUAUCACGAGACAUUCACAGUUGCUGUAGAAGUUGACUUUGAGAUAAAGUUGGUUAUCUUUUUUCGAUUGUAGGCUUUGUUGAAUCUUGGUACAUCAGAUCCCAGUCUUCGCCUGGCUGCCUACAAUCUUUUGUGUUCUGUGACAAAGUCGUUCAACUUGAAAAUUGAGGAAAGACUUCUGGAAGGAACAGGUAACGUCAGUAUGCAUAUUUUCCAUAUUGUUCUCUAUACAUUUCCUUAAGUACUCUCAAGGGGAAUUUGUUCAAUAAUCAAAAGCUCCUUGAGUUGGUGAUCAUUUCCUUUAUUCUCAUGACCAUAAUGUUCGAUUUAGAGGUGAUAUUAUAAAGAGAAAUUAGAUGCUAGUCACUCUUAGGUGUCAAAGGAUUAAGGUGUUUGCUUAUUCGAACUACACCCAAAAAGAACCGUUGUUGAUGUUUUUCAUCAACCAAGUGAACUUCGUCAAAAGAAAAUGCUGACAGUUAUGUUAUGGUACAGAAUAAAUGCUGAGACAAAAACAUCGAUCGAAACUAUGGUUACGUCAAGAACUUUUACAUCGAAAUUUUUCGAUGUACCAAGUGUCAACAUCAUUUUAUCUCUCAGGUCUGUGCAUCCCUGCAAACAACACGCUGUUCAUUGUUGGAAUCAGUGAAAAACUUGCUGCUAGAGAACCACAACUGACUCUUGAGGUUAGGGAAGGAGUUUAUUGAAGCCGCUUGCUAAUAUAGCUGUUUAUCAUUGUUUGUUUUUCGUUCAUCAAACCAGUUUUUUCCUCUCUUGUCUUCCACCCUUACAGUUCCUGGAAGAAUGCAUUGCGGGUUUUGUGAAGUCAGAUUAUGAGUUGAAACAUUUGUGUCUGGAAUACAUGGCACCAUGGUUACCAAACCUUGCAAGGUUUGUUAAUGUGAGAGUAGCGUCAAACCAAAUAGUAAAUAAAGCACGGGAGACCUUCCUUGUUGGAAUAAAUGUCUAAUUAAGUAUUUUGUGCACAAUGAUCCAAGCACCUUACUGUGCAGCUGUUGAUUUUCGAUUUUCUUGUAAUGAGGGUAAUCAAGUUUCUUGGAAACAGAGCUAUUAUCAAAUUGUUUCUAAGCGAAUUCGUUUUAACUUUGGCCCGGUAAUUUUUCUGAAUGCUAUUGCUAUGCAUUUCUUAUUGUUUUACCGCGAUAAGGCGGCAAAAAAAAUUAAGCUUGGUUCGUGGGGUUACGUGCAUUACUGAUGACUGACCUUGCGAACGAGUCGUCAUAAAAACUUGGUAAUGUUUUCAGACUUCGAAGCCUUUCUACCUAUUUAUUUCUUUUCAGAUUUUGUCGGUUCCCGGCGGAUGAUCCUCAGAAAGUGAAAAUGACCCGUAUCCUUGAAGAACUCAUAAAUCUAACGGUGAAAGAAAAAGGAGUAAGUAGUGUCACAGUAUUAGAAAUGUUGUACUUGCGAAAAGUCUCCUUCACCAGUAGUGUCCGUGAGUCUGUUCAGUAAUAGAUCACACUUGAUGUCAAAUUUGGUAAGAAUAAAAAAGCGGCACUGACACUGCACCAAGUGUCGACAUCUACUGUGAUCUAUUACAGUACAGAUCCAAAGCAAAAUGGAAUGUCUUUUAUAUGAUUAAAAGAACAAAAUAUUGGUAAUGGUGACGUCAUCUAUGCGUUUGUCCUUCAAUAGAUCAUAGGUAGUAACCAAUCAAAAGCGUUUAUAAUUCAGCUUAUCAUAUAAAAUCCUUCUACUUUUGUAACGUCGUUAAUAGAAGAAAUAAAAAAAUCUCAAACUUUUGCCUGAAACGCGAGUACUGAAUCUAAACACCAAUCCCGAGUUCCAAGAAACCUCACUUUCAAAACGAGGCUGAAUACCAGACCUUUUUUUCUUUGUUCUUGUGAAAAUGAUUUUUUUUUUGCACGAGAAUAACAAAACAUUUUCAUAUCAAAGAUUGUGCACUUGCGCUUGUUUCGAAAGAAGGGCUUUAGGCAUUUUGGAAAUGGCUUCUUGUAUAUACUGUCAGGUUUUCAACGUUUUUCUGUAACUUGUCGAGGGUGAGUUACUUUGAGAUUUAUUAUUGCCAGCAUGACUUCCAUAGUUUGGUAACUUUGAUGAGGGAAUUUCGAUGUUUUGAGAAAAUAGGCCUGACUCAUUAGCCGAGUCAUUUUUUAACUUAAGGUGUCCCCUUAAUUCUGUAUAUCUGGUAGCGUGGCCGAGUGGUCUAAGGCGCUGGUUUAAGGCACCAGUCAUUUCGAUGGCGUGGGUUCGAAUCCCACCGCUGCCAAUGUAGUGUCCUUUUGAACUUUGUUUUGUGGAUCAAUCACGUAUAUAUACAAUCGUUGAGUACUACCGACAUUCAAUAUAUAGUUACUCUAACAAAGCUGUUACAUCUUUGUUGUAGACAAUGUAUCCUUCCGUUCAAGCGACAAUUUGGGGAAAUGUGGGUAAAGUGACCGAGUUACUGGAUACAGUCCUUGACUGCUUCAUCAAGGUAUUUUCGCUUGUUUCUUGUUGCUUAUGUCUCCCUCUUUCUUUUCAAUUUUAUGAAUAUGGGAUUGCUAGGUAUACGUUCUUGACAGACUCCAAUGGUUCUCGAAGCGAAUUAACGUCUCAUGACUAGAGUUAACUCGUUAUGGUUCGCGAAUCGAAUGAUAACGUCUCAUGACUAGAGUUAAAACUCGUUAACAUCUAGAUCUCGAGGUUUUCGACGGAUAUUCAACGCGGGGCAGACAUUUAUGUUAUUCAUAAAAAUGUCUCUUGAGUCUUUUUUGUUGUGACUAACGGUCCUGCCCAUAAAAACGUUGGGUGUUCUUAAACCUUUAUUCUCGGGAACCUGCCAUAAAAUGUUGUUCAUAAUAAUUGUGAAUACUAACCGCAUUUGCAAGGCAUAAAAUAGUGGAACCAACUGAAAGAAAACUGUCAAGGAACCACAAUUUCUUCUAAUAAUUCACUUUUGGUCGACUUCAAUUUGCAGUCAGCCGACGUCUCACUGCAUUUUUUUUUUUUUUUGGGGGGGGGGGUGGGGACGGGGUGGGCAAGGGAAUCUAGAUCAAUGUCCGGUCGAGCAACUGCGUACCUACCCCUCCCUUGACCCAACGACAGUCAACUAAUAGCGAGUUAGGAUUAAUGUUGGGUAAGGGGAGGGGUAGGUGCGCAGUUUCUCAGAUACUGAACUUGAUCCAGAAAUAUACAUGAUACUUUGAAUUUCCUGUCCAAUUGUUUCAAGAGUACAUGGUCCCAACAUCUCUUCAUUUUGUCCAUCUUAUUGGAUGUGUCAUAAUGAUUUUGUAUCUUUCAGGCCAGUGCUACAGGAGGCCUGGGUUCUGUAAAGGCAGAAGUUAUGGCAGACACUGCAGUGGCUUUGGCGUCAGCUAAUGUUCAAAUUGUGUCACGCAAGGUCAUUGGGAGGCUCGACUCGGUAAUGCCUUCUCUUUUGGGUACUAGUUAGGGUCCUUGUGAUCUGUAAACUCGACGUAAAAGUCUAUCAGCAUUUGCUUGAACUGGCUUGCUAGACCGUCCUAUCCGGAAAAAGAACGGGGCUAGUUUUGAGAACUGACAGAAAUCGUUUUGUCUAUUCUGGUAGAAUUUUUCUCCUACUCUAGUCCCAAGAGUAGGACGAGUCAGUUUUCACGCGGAAUACUCUAGGAGAAGAGAUUUGAUUUCCAAAUAUAACAGAUAGGACGAAAGCCAGUUUGCAAUCUGCUAGUCACUGAGAACGCGCGUGACAGCGCAACGCGCGGGUGCGUUCACAUAAAGUGGACUUCCGCUUUCGUUUACAUCGCUAAGAACUAGUUCUUUUUGUUCGACCAGACUGUAUGAAUGGAAAGAUACCUUGAUGAUAAUUUUAGGAGCAUUUUAUUAUUGAUCGGAGUUUCUCUCCAAAAGACUGAAAGUAUCGGGUUUCCUCUAACGUGUUAUUUCCACAUCUUUUGUUCUCAGCUUAUCAGCAAGACCUUUAUUUCUCCGACUGUCCGUCUUGAACAACAUCUUAUGUGGGACGACAUUGCUAUCCUUACAAGAUAUCUGCUUAUGCUUUCAUUUAACGACUGUCUGGACGGUAGGGAGCUUCUUUUGAUAAAAAAAAACAGCUUGCCUUACCCUCCUUAGGGCAAUUUUCAAUUGAAUUUGCAAAGCAAUCCAGAAUUACAUUGGUUUCACUUUACUUCGUAAUGUGAUUGGUCCAGAAAACAAAGUUGAAAAGGAAACGAAAAGGGAGUAUGUCUCUAAAUAAACUGUGGUGCUCUGUCGGUGGGAGAGUAAAACGGGGUAAUGAAGUAUCAUCAACGAGUUGAUUGUGUAAAUUGGCCACCGUAAAGAGUUUCAAAGCUGACGUUUCGAGCGUUAGCCUUACUUCCUUUCCCUUGGUACAAAAUGAAACUCCGCUGGCAGCGGUGGGAUUCGAACCCACGCCAUCGAAAUGACUGGUGCCUUAAACCAGCGCCUUAGACCGCUCGGCCACGCUACCAUUUACACGCCAUGUACGGAGACACCUUACUUUAUCAACCAAUCAGAUGCAGAAACAGACCCAAUCGUUUUGUGAUUGUGCUUAAACAACGGGUGAACUCUGUGUAAACAACCGGCCCAUGUUUAACUGUGAUGAUUACCCAGUUUGUUUGGUUUUACGCCCCUUGAUGUUAUCCACUCUCUAACACCCUCUUUGUUUAUUUGUCUGUUUGUUUUGCUGACAGUUGCCAGUCAUAUUCCGUACUUGUUUCAUCUCGUUACUCUUCUCGUCUCCACUGGUCCGCCAACCAUCCGCGCCUCAAUUCAUGGCCUGGUCAUUAACAUUAUCCAGUCUCUCUGUACGUGUUCCUGUAUCAAGUUCAGUGGUGAGUACAUAAUACGCUAUUCCGGCGAAAUCCCCAGCAUUUGAUUUCACAAUUGCUUAGACCAAUUCGACGCAAAAAUAUGCUCGAAUGUUUGCCCUCAGUUAUUAUUUGCUCAUAACUUAGUUAUAACCAAGAGAAAAUGUUUUUCAGAUUUUUUUUCUGCAAUUUCAUUAAUCACAGCCCUAUUUCGAAGAUCAAUUUCUUUCUUGUGUACCAUUCUUAGUUGGUAGUAGUCCCUUUCUAAUGAGGGCGCAGCUUCGAAUCUCGUCGAAGCCUGAAUUUUUUCAUGCGUCUUUCGUGCAGCCAACCUGCUGGAUGAUUUCUGUACUUGUAGUCUCAGCUUAGGGGGUCAUUUAUGGUUAAGAAGGAGUGUACAAGCGUGGGCGCAAAAUGAAGUUUAACGUGUUGUUAUACCUCAACUAUUUUCCUACAGAGCGCAGGAAAAUAUUUGCAAAAGCGUACCGUUUAUUGCUUUGGAUGUUAACUUUUCCCUGUUAUUUGCACAACGCCACAAGACCGGAAUUUUAACUCUUCUUCCAUAAAAACUUACUGAACUUAAUUAAAACGAAGAACAUAGAGGAACGAUUGGGUAUUAUCUCUUUUAGUGUACCAUUCGAAUAUUCCACAGUGGCAGCUGGCACGUGGUGCAUAUAAACGAACUCAGUGCAGAGUGAGAUAUUGGAUGAGAUUUAAAACGUGAUAUUCCUCAUCCCAAGUUAGUCCACUAUCAGUUAUUGAGCUUCUGUAUGAAUUUGUUUCCUUAGACGAAACUCAUCGGCUUCUUCGCAUGCGGUUGGCCGAGCUUUCGUCGCCCAAGUUUUAUCUUCUUUUUGGUAAGUGAAACAAACACCUAUCAGUGUGGUGUCACUCCCAGAAGAGACCAACAUGUUACUCCCCUUAAGGAUAUCAAUUCAAGAAUUAGCAAACAGAUGAUGAGAAUCCAGAAUCUCAUUGGCAAUAAGAAAACCAGAUUCUCCUGAAGUGAGCAGCAAUUUGAGUACGAAAUUGUCAAUCAAAUCUUUGGAGUCAAAGAGUUAGUUGAUUCCUGUACUUCAUCUUCUUCUUAUUUUUCUCUUUUUAAUUUUUUUUUUACUUUUUAAAAAACAAAUCAUUUCACCUUCAACUAAAGGCAUCUCAAAAGUGAAGACACCAGCAGUCAGGGCUUUUAAAGCAACAUACCAAGGCAGGUACACGCUGAGGGACUGGGAAGGAGAGCCCCUGAGCAUGACCGCCAUGGAGACUGUCACUGACCUCCUACUUGAAAUAAUGGAGGUAACUUAUCGCUUUACUCCUUGUUUGCGGAUUGAACCAUGCUAUAAUUUAACAAGACAGUGGUUAGAAGUUUGCUGGAGUUUUUUCGUUAACGUGCGUGUUAUGUGGAAAAAGAUAUGCCAUGCAAGUUUUCGAGUAGUCUUGGACUCAAUUAGAAUAUUACCCUAUUUAAAUAUUAUUUAAAACUAAAAUUUAAGAAAAAGUUAGCCUAACUCUUGUCAGGUUUAUUUGAGUUUGUAAAUGAUAUUUCUUCAAUAGUUCUCGGAAUUUCCUUAGCUAUGUCGCCGUUGUUUAAGUUCUGUUUCAACUCAUAAGUGAUGAUUUUUUUAUAAGAAUACGCAACACACCUAACCCGUCAGACAAAUAACUGCAAGCGUCAAUUCUGAUUCAAAAUUGUUCAAUUCGACUUUUCUUUGUCUCACAGAGUUGCAUGAAGGAUAUGCCAGAAUGCUCUUGGCUAAAGAAGUGGACAGAACUCGCUUCAAAGUAAGUUCAAUUUUCGCUUAUGCUGUUCCAUUGGUGUGCUCAAGCGUUUUUUUCCAAAUGGAUAUUAAAAAAAGUAAAGUUGUGGCAGCGGUGGGAUUCGAACCCACGCCAUCGAAAUGACUGGUGCCUAAAACCAGCGCCUUAGACCACUCGGCCACGCUACCCCUCACAUUAGAUAAAUCAUUGUGAAACCAGUUUGUUCAGUUUCUUAUCACACGUUUCCUACACCUUUAUCUUGCAGGUUUGCGUUUGACUUCAACCCAGCACUUCAACCACGUUCUAUUGUGGUUCUUGGUUGUAUCAGCAAAGAAGCCAACGACAUGCUUGUGCAGAAAUUGUUACAAGUGUUGAUCAUGGUAAAAGCGUCUUCUCUUUUGCUAUAUGUACUGACUGAAUUUUAUUUUCUUUUUUUUUUUUUUUUUAGAUAUUUUAUUUAAGAAGGGAAGCCCAAUGACAUGCUCCGCUGAUAUGUAACUUGUUCCCUCCACAGGCUCUAAGCUCAUAUAACGACCUCGUGUUGAUAGAGGCGGCGUUCAUGUGUCUCUCAAGACUUCAGGUGAUUCUUUGUAAGGUGAGUUCAGUCAUCUAUAACAAGUCUUUUAAAGAUUCUGGUAGAAAUCUCACCGCCCCGAAAAGCGGAACUUAUUUAAAGCCUUCAAUUCGUAAUUUUUGGCUGUCAGUCAGCUAGUCAGUCAGUCAGUGAUAUAUUCAAUCUGUUUUUGUGUCUGUCUUUUCUUUGUCUCUUUCACUUUCUGUCUGUAUCUCAGCUAGUUAGUCUGCCAGCAGUCAAGAUAAUUUGGUUUUUAUCAAUUGGGUUGAUGAUGUAAAUGGGCCGCCGGAAAGAGUUUCUGUAGCUGACGUCUCGAUCGUUAGCCCUUGGUAACAGUGAUUACAUUACCAGCUUAGUUGAUGAAACCAAAUUAGCUAGCUAUGCCCCCACUUACACAGUACCACAGUUUCUCUAGAAAGUUACUCCCUUGAUUCAUUUGUCAGUCAGUCAGGCAGUCACAUUCAGUCUGUUAUAUUAUCUGUGAUCUGUUUGUCUCUCACACACUUUGUCUGUCCGUCUGUCCUUUUGUCUGUCUGUCAGUUAGUCAGUCAUUCAGUCUAUUUGUUGUUAGGUCUUCUGUUAGAUUCUCACUCUCUGCCUCUCUGCCUAUCUGAUAAUACCAGUCUGUCUGUUUUUGUGACAUUUUUGUGACGCGCUAGCAAAUGUAUCUUAUCGUUUUCAGGACUCCAUGUUCCACAAGGCAUUUUUCUGGAUUGCUAUAGCUGUGCUUCAGGUAAAGGCACUGAACACUUUUUUGUAACCUUUGAGAUCUUUAUAGCCCGUGCGUAAUGCUUUGGUAUUAAUCUUUCAUUUCAGUUGUCUGAAGUGUCUCUAUAUCCUUGUGGUUUGGCGCUUUUGGAGCAGAGCCUUAUAACAAUGGAAACACAUGGUGCCUUUGAAUCAGAGGUUCGUGAAAAAUGUAGGAAAUUACAGUGAGUCUGCCGCUAGAGACUUCUCUUCUUUAUAUCCAUUCUUGGAACAAAAUAGAUGCUAUUUUUUUAAGUAGCUGUAUAAAAGUUUUAAAGCUGACGUUUCGAGCGUUAGCCCUUCUUCCUUUACCCUGGUACAAAAGGAAACUUUGUUGGCAGCGGUGGGAUUCGAACCCACGCCAUCGAAAUGACUGGUGCCUUAAACCAGCGCCUUAGACCACUCGGCCACGCUACCAUUCACGUGUAACGUUAGGGAGACACUUUAGGAUAAAAAGUAACUUGACUAAAAUUUUGUCUCUAUUUUCUUUCUUCUUCAGUCUGUGGACAAAGUUCUGAUGGCGGUACGCGAGGAACCUCUGUUAGAGUUUCACUGUAAGCAAAUGGACCAUUUUGUGGGUCUUCACUUUUCAAACAAUUUCCACUUUGCGCUGAUGAUACACCUCGUGAAAGGUAUGGAACUGUUUCUCUAGUUACAACUUUUAUGUCUUGUUGGCUGUUUUGAUUUGCUUUGGUGUCGGUAGGGAGGGAGCUUUUAUAUAUACCAGGAUAAGUAAUAUGAGGCAAAAGAGGGAAACACAACGAAUGUAGUAACACGUGCGCUUUGCUUUACAGUUACUGGACAGUUGAAAUAGUCUUGAUCCACCAAAACUUAUGUCCUUUUUUUUUUUUUUUUUUUUUUUUUUUUUUUUUUUUUUCCUUAGGAGUAUAUCAUCCCCAGGCCACCUCUUCUGCGCGUGCCAUUCGCAUCCUGAACUUGAUGUAUAACAUCGCAAGCAAACGUAAAACAGGGUAGGUAUGGAGUGGAUAUGAUUAUCUGCAACUGAUUGGUGAAAACAAAAUGGGAGUGCACUAGUUUUUUCUUCCUUUGCUCUGUGAUUGGUCUAAGGAAAUGUGCCACCCUUUCAACCAAUCAGAUGCAUCAUGGUCACGUGUGUUUUCCUGCAUGCUCAUAUUCUGCAUGAUUGAUGGUACAUAUACAUUUCUUAUGGUACUGAAAAGAAGAAUUUGUACAACAAUCAACAGCUUCUCCAGUAGGUGAUCAUUUCCUUUUUUUCUCAUGACCUCAAAGUUAGAUCCAUCAGUGAUACUGUAGGAAGACACUAUAUUCUACUCACUCUAAGGGGCUAAAGUAUUAGAUGAUCAUUUCCUUCCUUCUAAUGACCUCAAAUUUUGAUCCACCAGCAAUACUGUAAGGAGAAAUUAUAUGCUACUCACUCUUAGCGGCUUAAAGGUCCGUAGCUUUUCUCUGUAAAUUGUAAUGUGGCAUGUCAAUGUAGUCUAUUGAAAUAACGUUAGAUAAAAGGAAUGAAAGGGGUAUGUUUCUAGAAAAAUGGGGUGCAGCGUUGGUGGGAGAGUAUAACAGGGUAAUGUAGUAUUAUCAACCGAGUUGAUUACGUAAAUUGGCCAACGUAAAGAGUUUCGAGCGUCAGCGUUAGACGUUUCGCUCUGACCGUAGAUAGAGUGGAUACGGUAGCGUGGCCGAGCGGUCUAAGGCGCUGGUUUAAGGCACCAGUCAUUUCGAUGGCGUGGGUUCGAAUCCCACCGCUGCCAACGAAGUUUCGUUUUGUACCAGGGUAAAGGAAGAACGCUCGAAACGUCAGCUUUCAAACUCUUUACGGUGGCUAAUUUACGUUUUCAACUCAGUUGAUAAUACUAAUAUCCUAUUACGCUAGAUACAGUCAACUCAAGGAAACUGAUAAAAUUUUAAUUUCUUUGCAGUCGUGGUUCUUUUAUUGUCAACAAAGAAAAUCUGGCAUAUUUGGCUGGUAAGUGUGGAGAGCGUUGUGGCACUGCGUGACUUACUAAGUUAUUAAUUAUCUGAAUUUCUGGAAUUUCUGAUCAUGUGAUUACAAAGAGCCGUUUUACCCGACGCGGGCUUUCUUGGGCAUCGCUGUGACAAGGUUAGGAGGUUUUUACGCGAUAACAAAUCUCUUGUUGAUUCAACUUGCGAAUCUUCAGUGUCUCUGGGAAACAUGACCAAAUAUUCCGCGACACGAUUGAAAAGAAGCUUCUUACUCAUGACAGCGAUGUGUUUUUUUUUAAGUUCGUCUUUGCAUACCAUUUUCAUCUACUUCAUUACCUGUCAUCCUUGUCCUUCAUGGCUUAUCCUUGCCUCCUUUGUUUUUUCCUGUCGUACCGAACUAAUAUUUUGUAGUCCCCUUCAAGCUGAAGUUAGUUUUGCUAUGUGCAAACGUUGUGUUGCAAAAAGUUUGUGAAGUUCGAAAGACGUGAAAACUCGGUAGUAUUUAUGUUCUUUUGAAGUAAAACCUUUAUCAUCAGCAUCUCAAUUCUCUUGCAAAAGUUGUAGUAAUUUAAGAUCCAGUAAAACCUUUAUAGUAAUUAAUUAUGAUUAUGAUAAAAACUAAACAAUGAACUAGAUUGACAUGCUCAAAGAUGGUCAAAAUGCUCAAGAUGUUCAAAGAUGCUCAAAGUUUUAGGUCUGCUUCUAAAAUAAAACGUCUAACGGAAGACAAAUCGUGAGCACCGUAGUUCUUUGUGGGAAAACUACUAUUAAAAAGUUCAGUUACAAUUAUUCUUCUAACUUGACAAUGGUAUUUCAAAAUUAUCAUGUUUGACUGUUAUUCCUCGCUCAGACGAAGGGCUGACGCUCGAAACGUCUGCUUAGAAACUCUUUACGGUGGCUAAUUUACUUCAUCAACUCAGUUGAUAAAACCAAAUUAAUUUAUUAUUCCUCGUAGCUUUGUUGCCUGUAUCUGAAGAAGUUCGCGCCAGUCUUCGCCCGGGUGGCAAAAAAGAGCCCGAGAGUCCCACCCUGCACUUUCCAGGCAAACUGGACGGCAGUAUCUCCGGAAGCGCAACAUCUUUGAAUACGGAGCACCAAGUGUCCAUAGUCAUUACAGUUGAUGACAGUGCUAGUGAUCAGGCCUUUGUUUGCCCCUCGGAAUGUCGCAACAUGCUCUUGGAUCCAAGCAUUGCGAACGACAAUCAGACUCAAGCUUUGCUGUUGACCACUUUGGUAAGGUUGUUUGGAUAAUUUCGAAAUAACUGCUCGGAGGGAGAAUUGAUUCAGAGAAAUUUUCAAAUUGAGUUUCGAAAGUUUCUCGGAAUUGCUUAGGUUUUUCUAAAGAGAAAAUCGUGGUGAUUAAAUUCGCCACGAUCGGCGAGCAAAAUCGCCAGGUGUGUCGCCGGCUUAAUUAUUUUUAAACUGCGCGUCGCAAAGAUAGAUUAUUGCUUUGGUUUUGCUUUUCACUCAGAAGUUUCGCAAUCAGAAAGUGUCUUAAUUGUACAACUCAAAAGUACCGCGUGCGCUUACCAGAAAGUAUUAUUUAGUCCUCCCGGUGCGUCCAUGCACAUGGAGCUUCGACCAGAGGACUCCAUUGAUUUCUGUCGGUUGCCCAUCGGUCAAGCUUCCCACGUGUCCAGCCUCUGUCCUCAUUUCCCUUUCUACGGUUCUCCUCCAAGUUUCCGUGGGCGGCCUCUCUUAUGUUGGCCGUCGGGACUCCGUCGGAAGACGACUCUGGGCGGGGCUUAUGAUGGCAUUCGGAAAGUGUAUAUACAGAGUAUUUGUCGAAGGUCAAACGAGCUAUUUGUGGGCGAGUUUCCGUUAACAGCGAGACCCAAGUUUUAAUGAUUUUAUCCGUCGGUUUCUUGAUAGGCAAUGCUGCUCGAGCACGUCACUGGAGAUGUAGAAUCACGGUAUUUGUACGAGGUACUAGCGGAGGCUAGUUUGGUAUUCCCUGGAGUUUUCCCUGUUAUGUGAGUACUCCAAAAAAACUCUUAUUAAUCUAUAUUAUCCUAGUCUUGACCGCGACCCCCAUAGAUUUGUAGGAGGUACAGUGAAACAUCGCCAACCCUUUCUAUACUUGUUUAUCGAUCGUCGAGAAACCAAAAUAAGGAAACCACGGAGACCAAUCAAAAACAAAGUUAACAUUAUCGCGAGGCAAUGAGAAUUAUGAUUUCAAAAGCAGGAGAGGCUCAUAGAGUAAUUUUCGAUCAAGUGUCGAAAGCAGUCCGAUAUUGCUCUGGUAUUGCUUUACUUCGGUCUGUGAUUGGUCCAGAAAACCUUCAAUACCCUGUAUUAGCUUAGUCUUUACUGCUGCCCAUAUACUUGGCGCAGGUACUGUGUAACAUCGCUAACCUUUAUUUCCAUACUUGUAUAACAUGUAACUCAUUUUUACGAUAUUAGCACAUUACCCAGCAAACAAAUCAUGACAAAAGACAGCUUGAUCUGACACUAAAUUAUCUAAACUAGUUCAACAGGAACGGCAUAGUAGUAAGAAGAGAGGAAAACGAAUCAGUGCCAAAUAGUAUUUUUAACUCUUCAGCACAAGCGUCUCUUCGCCCUUGGGGAGGUUUAAAGCGUCCAGCGAGAGAUCUGUGAGGGGUCUGGAACUGUACUUGGAAAACAAUGGCAUCCUCGUCGGCCAUCAUUAUUAGUGCCAGACCUCUCGCAGGCUGGCGUCAAAUUUUUCUCGCAGGUGAAAAAACGCACGUGCUGCAGCUGGAAUAACGAAGACCUGCUCUCAGAGGGGAAUUUAUUGCCAACCUUCAUUAAAGUCUCAAGCGAACCGUGCUAGACAAAUUUUUCUUGUGUUUUUGCAGUUAUAAUCUGUUAGACUCGGAUCUAUCCAUUGUGCUCGGCCAUUCUGAUGAUGUAGCCACUCUGAAAGCGAUACAAACAAUUGUACACUCGAUGAGCGCUGUCAAGCUAAAUGACGAUCCUGUUAUGAAGUCAAGCUAUCUAUCAAGUAAGUGAAAAUCAAAGUACCGUAUGCAAUUAUGUUUAAUUUCCAGGUGAUGAGAAACGAAGAGGUUGAUGAAAUAAUUUCAGUUAUGGGCGAAGAAGUCUCUGUUUUCAAUGUUAUGAGAUUAUUUGUUUUGCCCGCGCCAUCAUGACGGCCUCCUGUGCGAAUUUUAGGCGUCCUCUUUUAAGGAGAGAUUAAUUUGCUUGUGUUUUUGCUUUUCAGCGUUUGGAUUUUCCGGAUUCAGUCACUUCACGAGGUUCAAGGUAGGCAUUGUGUACUAAUGCGAUUCAGUUCAGUUCAGAGUGACCUUUUUGGGUCUUGAAUUGAUGUAGUUCACCUCCAGCUAUUGUGGGAACGAAUCUUCAACGAAUUUCAAAUCUCAGACCUUCGCAUUUCGGUCUUAUAGUCUACCACUGAGAUAGAGAACUUUAUGAAGAGCUAGCUAGGCCAUUACAAGGUUCAUUUGAAACAAGGUUCCUGCAAUUUGUCAGGAUCUAGAGCUUUGUGCUAGUAAAUAUCUUUGUAAUUUUCUUUCCGCAGGAGCAGAGCGGUCAGGCAAAUCGUGCGCAGCUCUUUGUAAAGUUUUUGGAAGCUGUAGUAGAGGUUUAUGGUAUACCAACGACCGAUCAAAAAACACAACGUUCAGGUUCUGUUGCGUCUGUCAAACCAAUACUUCUCAGCUCUAGCACUGAGGACCUGAGGGUGGCGUCUUCCGGGUCGUCUCUGUCUUCUUCCCUCAGUUCUCUGUCUGGUGCUGCACCUGGUAAGCACCUUUUCAUUCCAUUGCCGUUCAAGCGCUCAUCGUCUUCAUACCGAGCGAAGAAGGCCGAUAAGGAAUCUCCCAAAUUCCGACGGAACUGGUCCACUAGGGGAACAAGAAGUCCCUCUUCUGGGAAAGUUACGAAGUGAUAAGGCAGUCAAAAAUCUGUGGGGUUAGCACAGGCCAAGUUGCAGGACAAAUUGUCCUUAUUACCAAGGGAAACGUCUCUCAUCGACAAUCAAGCUCUUGCAACAAAUACCAAACCAAAUGAACGACGACUGUAAUGGGGAAUUUGAAAGUUGGCUUAGGGCUUUAAAACGAGUGAGAAAGAGUCAGCUAGAUAGACUGUAAGCCUUGCUUGACUCGGAUUGGUUUCCAUUAUGCAAGCAGAUGUAUGUGAACUCUUCUUUCCGCGAGGUUUAAUUUUCAUCCUGACAAAACGCAGAAGUAGCCGAGAGAAACCAAACAGAACACUUAUAAAUGCGUUUGUGGCUCGCUUUGAGUUUUUCAUCUCUUAUUGGUACUAAUUUCCGCAGGACUCAAUUUUCGCUGUUUCAGAACAAUCGCGAGAUUGAAGUCCCGCGAGAAGCGGUUGGUGUGAAAACAAGAAACACAAAAUUUCAUGAUAUGUUAAAAAAUUAUUUUAGCAAAUUGCAUACAGUCCAUCGUUUACUAUACUUCUAGACCAAAGAAUGCUUUGGCAUUCUUAUCUGGUUAACGCCGUCCCUUUUUUCCUAUUAUUCAGUUUAGUGCUGUUAUUGGUACUCUUAUUGCCUUAGAAUAUUUAAAUAGGAGUAAGGAAUCGUCGCCUUUCGCUAAAAUUAAUUCCAUUGGACAGCACUUUUCGCCAAAUCUUUAAAUUUCAUUCGCGCAAAAUAUUCCUCUUCCCGGCAUUUUCGCGGGAAUAGUGACUGCGAAAAUUACUACCAAAUGGGUAGUUUUCCGAUUGUUGAUUUUGGUUUAUUUUCGACAUUUCUCAGAAUUUUAAGAGGUCUGUUUACUCUAGAGUCCAAUUUGAAACAGAUCGUUGUAUUGGUAUGGCGUUCUUUAAGAAGAUAACCGUGGGACAAUUCGUGGCCACACCCAUUUUUACUCUGUAUUUCUCCGAUUUCUAGAAGGUUGCUAGACACAAUCACAUGUAAUUCCGCGCGCUUCAUCUCUUUAACUACCAUAGGUAAUUAACUUGAUACUUCUCUUAACAAUCUCCCCAUAAGGUGAGGGAAAUUCAGCCGGAGAAUCGGCAUCUGCAUCAGAUGGAGAAAGUUAUCUCGCAAUGAAACCAAAUUAACGGAAGUGAUUUUUAUGAAAAUGACGAAGCUGUCGUUCUGUCUAUUCUCGGAGAUGAGAAUUCCGCUAACCCUGAACACUUUUACUCCCAUGAGUGACGUGACAGAAUUUCUCCUUACAAUAUCAAUACAAUAUUAAGCAGACAAGUGAUGAGAAUAAAGAAAAAUAUCAACAAGGGGAUUUAGUGGAUCCAAUACCAAAUUCUCCAAACUAACGUAAGAAUUGUAUGGCAGAAAGAAAGGAGAAUUGGUACGGCAAUCUUGGGAGUAAAAGGGUUGACACUCUAAUUUAUUUGUACAUAUGACUGUAUCCUAUGAAAUACAAAUGCCUUAGUAUAACUGGCACCACACUGGUUUGUGGACCUGAUAUGAACGUGAAAACAGAUGAGCCCUCUUUAAGGCAUUUUCUUUGAUUGUUAAUUGGAGUUGUAAAUAAAAUCAGAG